AUGAGGGCUCUGCUGCUCCUGGGGUCCCUGGUGGUGAGCCUGGAAUCAGCGCUUCCGACCCCACCUUGGAAAGACCUCAAGGUGCCUAAGCCGGUAGAAGAGGAACACACAGUGGUUCUCACUGUCACUGGGGAGCCCUGCUACUUCCCUUUCCAGUACCGCCGGCAGCUGUAUCACCAGUGCACCCGCAGGGGCCGAAUUGGCUUCCGGCCCUGGUGUGCUACUACCCCCAACUUUGACCAGGACCAACGAUGGGCAUACUGCCAGAAGCCCCAGAAAGUGCAAGACCACUGCAGCACACACAACCCCUGCCAGCGGGGCGGCACCUGUGUGAACAUGCCAGACGGCCCUCGCUGCAUCUGUCCAGAACACUUCACGGGGAAGCACUGCCAGAGAGAGAAGUGCUUCGAGCCCCAGCUUCUCCAGUUCUUCCACGAGAAUGAAACAUGGCAUAGGCUUGAGCCGGCAGGCAUGGCCGAGUGCCAGUGCCAAGGCCCCCAAGCCCACUGCAAGCCCCUGGCCAGCCGGGUCUGCAGCAACAACCCAUGCCUCCACGGCGGCCGCUGCCUCGAGGCGGAGGGUCACCGUCUGUGCAGUUGUCCCGAGGGCUACGCGGGACGCUUCUGCGACGUGGACAAAGAGGCCAGCUGCUACGAGGGCCUUGGGUUCGGCUACCGAGGCGCUGCUGGGACCACGAUCUCAGGCGCGCGGUGUCAGCCUUGGUCGUCGGAGACCACUUACCAGAACCUGACUGCAGAGCAAGCACUGAAUUGGGGACUGGGCCACCAUGCCUUCUGCCGGAACCCAGACAAUGACACCCAGCCCUGGUGUUUCGUGUGGAGCGGCAACCGGCUGAGCUGGGAAUAUUGCGACCUAGCACGAUGCCAAGCCCCAACCCUAGCAGCGCCCCAGGCACGGCCUACAACACGGGGACCCCUUGGGCGCCUGGAGCCCCCCCUACCCUCGCGUUCAACAAGGCCAGAGCCUCAGGUCACGACCCAGACCCCAGGUAACUGGGAAGGGGCAGGAAGACCAAACAGAGAGCGCACGGGCCCCCCCAAGGGCGGAACCGGCCCGGACACCUGCGGACAGAGGCUCAGGAAACGGCUGUCCUCCCUGAAACGCGUCGUCGGGGGACUAGUGGCGCUGCCCGGCGCGCACCCCUACAUCGCCGCGCUGUACUGGGGCCACAGUUUCUGCGCCGGCAGCCUCAUCGCCCCUUGCUGGGUGCUGACCGCAGCUCACUGCCUGCAGAACCGGCCGGCGCCGGAGGAGCUGACUGUGGUGCUGGGCCAGGACCGCCACAACCAGAGCUGUGCGCAGUGCCAGGUCCUGGCCGUGCGCGCCUACCACCUGCACGAGGACUUCUCGCCCGUCACCUACCAGCACGACCUGGCGUUGCUGCGCCUGCAGGAGAGCCAGGACGGCCGCUGCGCGCGCCGGUCGCCUGCCGUGGGGCCCGUUUGCCUGCCGAGCAGCGCCGCUCGCCCCGCCGAACCCGAGGCCGCGCUCUGCGAGAUAGCCGGCUGGGGCCACCAAUUCGAGGGGGCGGAGGAAUAUGCCAGCUUUCUGCAGGAGGCGCAGGUGCCCCUGAUCCCUCACAAGGACUGCUCGAAUCCUGAGAUGCACGGCAACGCCUUCUACCCCGGCAUGCUCUGCGCUGGUUAUCCCGACGGGGGCACCGACGCGUGCCAGGGUGACUCCGGGGGUCCGUUGGUGUGUGAGGAUGAGGACAGAGGGCUCACCCUGCGAGGCAUCAUCAGCUGGGGCUCGGGCUGUGGCGACCGUAACAAGCCGGGUGUGUACACCGAUGUGGCCAACUACCUGACUUGGAUCCGUGAGCACAUGGCUUCCUGACCGCCCAGGAACUCCUCUUCUCCUCCUCGGUGGUUCUGGAAUGGGAGGAUGGCUGGGCCCGAUCCUGGACCGCAAGGGUGUGUUCCAGCGCCGUCAGUCCGUCAGUCCGGCCCCAGG